CUCAGUCGACAGUCUACUGUUCUGCCUUUUGCUGAAUCCCUCAAUGGAUUUGGCCUGAUUGAUCGUAAUGAGUUGCGGGAGCUUAAACGUGGCUGGAGCUGCACUGGGUGCGGCCUUCUCACUCCUUCUCUAUGCCUCGAUUAUACAAGGGUUCCCGCAUGAUGUUGAGAGGACACGUUAUGAAACAACAGAAGCAGUGGUGGGUCAGAACAUCACCUUACCCUGUACCAUAGAAAGCCUGCCUGAUCUCAAGCUUGUCAAUAUUGAAUGGAGGAAGAAAAACAAUAAUAGCACAAAGCUGGCUCUGUUCAGUCAAGGCAAUGGAGUUCAUUUAUUUUGGCCUAAUGUCACUAUACGUAUUGAGAAUGCAAACAGGUUGAUGGGGUCCUAUCUACACCUCCCUGAAGUGAAAAAAUGGGACAGCGGCAUCUAUAUUUGUGAUAUUGCAACUUUUCCACUUGGCUCCUUCAGGAGGGAGACAGAGCUAAAGAUUAAAGAUGUUGAAAUAAUGUGCGACAGGGACGGCAGUUUAGAAGUUUCUAAUGGACAAAAUGUGACAAUCCACUGCCAAGCAUCCCUUAAUGCACAGUACAGAUGGACCAAGAACAAGGAGCUGGUGUCAGAGAAUGAGUCUCUGCAGCUCUUGUGGGUGACUGAUGCUCACGCAGGAGUUUACAUACUGACUGUCAACACAGGAAAUGAAACUGUGCAUAAAGAGUUUACCAUCGCAGUACAAAGAGCAACCACACAUUUAAAGACAGAUCCCACAACAGUGUUGCUGCAGACAGAGAGUUUUUCAGUACCCGCAGACAACAGCUUCCCCACAUCACUGACCACUGGGCUUUUAACCACUGACGCCAAUGUAACUUGGACCACGGCUAUCGGUUCACAUGUGACAGAUGAUAGUCCAGAUGUGAUCACACCUGGAGAGGAUGUAACCUCUUUUACAAGUCCUACACAUUUCAGUGCCACAAAAUUUGCUGUCACACAAACUGACCCCUAUCACUCUACUACAUUAAGUCCUGGUAGUGCAGUGUUCACAUCCACACAGGAAAUGGCCACAGAUGAGGCGUACAAGUACCAGGACAUUUCCUCAAAGAGGCCACAAGUCCAGUCCAGCACCUCUGGAAAUAUUACAGAAAACUAUGAACGCCCUGCUGCAACCCCGACACUGAACGCUGGAAAUAAUGGAACGGUAGUUGAAGAUGCAGCACCGAGUUAUCUGGCUGUGUUAAUAAUCAUCCCGGUCCUGGUACUGAUCGCUGUGGCUGGAUUUCUGUACAGGAAACGGCUGUUAGAACAAAGGAUGGAUCUGCCGCCUCCGUUUAAACCCCCCCCUCCUCCAGUGAAGUACACCGCUGCAAGACAACGUGACAUUUAUACACAUAACUUACCCACCUCAAGGUGUAACUCAGUAACAGAACUUACUAACAUGGACCAAGUGUGUAUUAACAUAUAAUCACUAAGCAGUUGAUAAAUUAGAUAUAGGGUUUUUGUCUGAAGUGUAGAAUAACACGAUGUAUUAUUACCUCGGCCAAGGAGGUUACAAUUUAGCCGCUGUCCAUUUGUUGGUUGGUUGGUUUCUCAGCAGGAUUAUGCAAAUAUUACUGAACAGAUUUGAUAAUCACUUGUGACAUAAUUAGUUAAUUUAAAAAAUCUAUUGGCUGAAGUAUGUGCUCAACUGAGUGCUAUUCUAGUUUUCAGAUGUGAUGAACCGAUAGCAAAUGUGGAUAAUGUAUCAUGGGUGAGUGGGGUUGGUUCUAUGUUUUUAUGUAUAAAUAAUAUUUUGUAUUUUUGAAAAAAAUGC